AUGAACUACGUACUCGACAACCCCGAAGGUUCUGACCCAGAGUUCGACUCGUCGGAAUCCCUACGAGGAUACCGGGUAGUCAAGUGCGCGAGCCAGUUCUCCUUGGAUUUCCUUGCUGGAUGCGUCGCUAAGAUCAGCGACACUUUUGUCGGCUUGAAGCUCAAGCUGAUCCCAGCAAAGGACAUUCCAAGGAGACGACGUGCGCCCAUUUGGAUGCCUCCGAUGGAUGAACCAGGCGAAAAGUUGCUGCGGUGUCUUAAGCUGCAUAAUAAAGACAUACCGGCGAUCGAGGAAUGGGAGCUUAUAAAGAUUGAAGAGCCAAGAAGGCCUACAAAUAAGCCCAUUCUGCUAGCUAUUUGCGCAGAAUCACUAGACGCCUGA